UUAAGCAGUGAUGCAUUAGUAAGCGGCGAUCACACGGGUGAUCUCGGUUCUAGCAAGAGAAUCAAGGAAUGUAUGACAACAUACAGAUAUAAAACAGAGGAGCGACAGGGCAGCACGACAGCAGCCCUUCAAGAGGCUCAAUUUC